ACUCGACAUUUCCAAUCGACACCAAUCGACUCCAAUCGAUUCGCUCCACCACACGUGUGUAAAAAUGUAUAAAUUCAUCGCUCUUAUUGUUAUUUUAUUUAUCAUGUACAAUAUUUGUAACGGAGACGACGACAUUUGCUCCUUGCCUUUAAAGACAGGACCGUGUAGAGCGGCAUUUCAAAGAUACGGCUACGUCGAAGGCAAAGGCUGCGUACUAUUCACGUACGGCGGCUGUCAAGGGAACGCGAACAAUUUCGAGACAUUAGAAGCGUGCAAAAACGCGUGCGAGAACUAGUGUUACAUGAACCUGUCAUUACUUUAAACGAUUUUUAUUUAUUUAUUAAAAAAAAAUAAGUGUAAAUAAAUUAUUUAUAUACAAAAAUAAGAUUGAAAAUUGUUCAAAUAGUUGUUACAUGAAUAAAUGAAAAGUGUUGUUGAAAUAACAUGUUUAU